AUGGAAUCCGAGAAGAAGCGCCGUGCGAGCAAACCUAAAGUCAAAACAGGCUGUCGGACAUGCAAGAUUCGUCGAGUCAAAUGCGACGAGGGUCGACCGGCUUGCAAGAGAUGCGUAUCAACUGGCCGAGUCUGCGAUGGCUAUGGGGUUUGGAGUGAAGCGAAAAAGCCCACCGUCGACGGCAAUACUGGCGCACCAAGAGCCUUCCAGAGUCUGCUGUCUAGUUACAAUGCACCGGUCCCAAUUCCUCAUGCCGCAUGUGCUGAGCGGAAAUAUGUGGAAUGGUUCAUCCAGUGUACCAUUUUCAAAAUUGGAGGAGUGUUUUCUUCCCAAUUCUGGGGCAGAACCGUUGUUCAAGCACUUUCUCAAGAGCUAGCAGUACGGCAUGCUGUUUUGGCAUUGGCCUCUACGCAUAAAUAUAGGACUCAGAGGAGCGUUAGAGGUACUGCAACGGCAGGUCAUCUAAGCGAGCAUGAGAAAUUCACUCUCCAGCACUACAACAAAGCGAUUGGCUGUCUCCAAGCUGAAAUGAGACGCAACAAUAAACAAACGCAGAGUAUGAUAGUUGCCCUCAUUACUUGCAUGGUUUUCGUGACUCUCGAAAUGAUGCGAGGCCAAUACCGAACAAGUCAUACUCAUCUACAGCACGGGCUGAGGCUGGUGAAGGAGAUUCAGAGGCUCGCCGGAGCCCCUAAGACCGGAAGAUUUCGGAUAAGGACUUCGUCACAAACAAAUGAGGAUGAUGUUAUCGAGGUCUUUAGCAGACUGAAAGUGCACUAUGCUCUACUUGGACAUGGGACGAAGUACUCGAACCUUGACUAUGACGUUCAACCUCGUCACUUACCGUAUGAAUUUCCAUCAAUUGAACAAGCAAGGCAAUAUCUGGAUGGUCUGCUGGCAAGAGCACAGGAUCUGGUGGAAAUGGGGCGUCACGUCGAGACGGACAUGUUUGUUGCGACUCAGGGCUACCAGCAGUUUCUCGAGUCUCAAUGGCACCUGGAAAAGGACUUGGAAGUAUGGCUUGAUGUUUAUCGAUCGUCACUUGGUAAAUUCUCAGCUCAAGAUCUGAUUCAGAAUACUUUGGCUAGAGGGCUACUCGGGAUGUACCAUGCUAUGGCCUUGAUCAUGGUCACGACCUGCAUCCCAUGGGACGACGAAACGGCAUUUGACCUACAAACCGACAGGUUCAUGUCGAUUAUUCGUGAGGCAAUCGGCAUCUGUCAAGCCCUCAAAAUCGCAUAUCCAGAUUUCCCCACGAGUGGAUCUCUCAAUUGCCCGUUGGGAAUGGCUUUUACGAUGGACAUUGGCUUCAUCCAGCCAUUAUAUUAUACCGCAAUUAAGUGCCGGAUUCCACAGAUCCGACGACACGCGAUCGAAUUGCUUCGAUUGGCACCGCACCGUGAAGGCAUAUGGAAUGGCAUCCUUACUGCUAGGAUUGCGGAGGAGGUAGUUGCUUAUGAAGAGUGGAAUAUCGAUGCAAGCCUUACUAUGGCAAAAAGCUUAGAUCUCUUCAGCUUGCCAGAGGCGGGUGAUUCACUUACAGUCCUGCCUUAUCUGUGCCGAAUUUCAGAUGUUCAUGUCGAAUUGCCCGAUGAAAACACAGGAGAGGCUACCGCGACUUUCUGGCAGCGCGAAGACGGUAGAAGCUGGAAGGUUGAUGAGAGAAAAUUCCAGACGGAGGAUCCAUAA